AUGGAUCCCAACUGGCGGCCCACCCAAGGGUCUGGCCCCGCCGCCGCCGGCGGCGGCGGCGCUGACCCGCCCCCCGCCGGAGGCGACUGGCGCGCCCAGCUCCAGCCCGAGGCGCGCGGCAGGAUCGUCGAUAAGAUAAUGGACACUCUGAAGAAUCAUCUGCCAGUAUCUGUGUCUGUGGCGCCAGAGGCACUGAACGAACUUCAAAAAAUCGCUGCGCGGUUUGAAGAAAAGGUCUAUACCGAAGCAACCAGUCAGUAUGAUUAUUUGCGGAAGAUUUCUGUGAAGCUGCUCUCCAUGGAGACGCAGAGACAGCAGGCUGCUGGAAAUGCUCAGCUGGUUCCAAAUCAAAACAACCCUGCCCCUGGACUCCAUCCACAAGGUAGUAAUCAAGCACAGACAUCAGCAGUUCCCUUGAUGUCUCAGCAACAGGCCCGGCAGCCAAAUGCUUCUACAUCUGUACAAGCUUCUUCACUCACUAAUAUCAGACAGAACUUGCCAGGUGUCAACCAAACAUCAACGAUGCAGAUUGCGUCUGUCAUUCCACAAAACACAAUGAAUAAUGGCUUGGCGCAAGGCACUUCACAAGAUGUUUAUGCUGCACAAAGGCAAAUGGCAGGCAGGCAGCAACAGCAACAAUCUCAGCAAUUAAUUUAUCACCAGCAUCGACAGCCUUCUCUGCAGAGUCAGCAGCCCAAUAUUCCUUUACAACAGCAGCAACAACAGUUGAUGGGACAACAGCCAAAUUUACAACAAAAUCAGCUAAUUGGUCAACAGAAUGGUGCUGUGAUGAUGCAGCAGCAACAGAGGCUAGCAGUUCAGUCAAAUGUUCUUUUGAAUGUGCAGCAAACACAUCAGAUGUUGAACCAGCAGUAUAUGCCUUUGUAUCAGCCACAACAAUUGGGCUCUCAGGCAAACAUGUCGAGUCUACAGCAGCAUCAACAAAAUCAACAGCAGCAGCAACUUUUUGGAACUGUGCCUAAUGUGUCAAACAUGCAGUGGAUGCAUAUGCAACAAACAAAAGCUCAGCAACCACAGCAACAACAUACUCAGCAUCCACCAAUGGGUUUGAUGCAACCUCAGUUUCAACACAACCAACUUCAACAAUUGCAACAUCUUAUGCCACAGUUCCAGUGCCAGCCUAACCAACUACAAGAGCAAUUAAGGAUGCAGCAGCAAUCCACCAUGCAGCAAAGACUUCAAACUUCAGGAGCCAUGCUCUUGCAACAAAAUAACAUGGAUCAGCAAAACCAGUUUAUUCAGGCACAGAGGGGCCUUCAAGAAGUUUCCUCUAGUACAUCUGCGGACUCUACUGCUCAAACAGGCCAUGCAAGUGCAGGUGAUUGGCAAGAGGAGAUACAUCAAAUGAUUAAGAGGUUAAAGGACCAAUACUUUGCAGAACUCAGUGAAUUAUUCAAUAAGGUGUGUGUGAAGCUACAGCAUGUUGACAGCAUUAUUCCACCUCAAAUAUCAUCUGAGCAGUAUGAUAGAAUGAAGAGCUUUAAAAUAAUGUUGGAGCGCAUAUUACAAAUGAUGCAAAUUGGUAAAAGUGUUGUCCAACCUGCUAUGAGGGACAAAGUUCCUCGAUAUGAGAAACAGAUUAUCAGUAUCUUGAACUCACAAAGGAAGCCAGUGCAGCCACAAAUACAACAACAAUUCCAGCCACCUCCAGGGAGAAGAGGGAGAGAGCUUACUGUGGUGGCUGAGGCAGAUGCACCCGGUGACCAAGUUGGGCAGGACCGUGCGGCGGUGAGGGUGGUCCGGGCACGCGUGACUGGCGAGGGUGACGACCGUGCAAGCAAGGCGAGGGCGAUGGGCAGCUAG